AUGGCGCUUCACUACGCGGCCAAGCUUGACAACUCAGGCCCUGCGCCUUUCGGCGCCGUCGACUCCUCCUGCGUCGUGCGUAACGCCUCCCGCGCUGCAGAAGACCGCCGCGCCGGCGACCGCCGCUCCAACGUGGGCACGGAGAACUCGCUGCCUGCCUCGGGUCCCAGCGCAUCGUCAGCCGUCUGCGGCGCCACCGACGCGGAGGCGCCCGGCGACGCGGCGCGAGCCGGGGAUAGAAGACGGAAGCCUCGUGCGUCUCCUCAGGCCAAAGGAAGAAGAGGCGGCGAAGGCGGAGGAAGCGAUCGAGGAGAGGGCGCGGACGACGCUGGAGGCAGGAGUCGAGGGCGUCCGGUGAAUCUCGCGCCUUUUUCCUGCGCAGAAGGGAAGGGCGCGAGAGAGGCUGCGAGUGAGACGCACCUCUCAGAUAGCGCAGACCCCGAGGCGCGCCUGAAGCGGAUUAUCGAGGCAGACUCCGGAAGAGACUGCAACGCAGACUACCCCAUUCCCAAGUGGCUCAGCGACCAAGGCGUCACGAGCCCGUUUGUCUACUUCCGCUCCUUCAAGUCGUCGCUGGGCAUCAUCAACUAUGACAUCAGCGGCCCUCCCAGCCAGCCUCUCGUUGUCACGUUCCAUGGCCUGAAUGGAACGCAGCUGUCGUUCUUCGAUUUGCAAAGCGUCCUCGCACGCUUCGGAUACCGGACGCUGAUCUUCGACCUGUACGGCCACGGCCUCUCCGCGACGCCGCGCUACAGUUUUUUUCUCAAGCGCUACGGCCUCAAGUUUUUCGUGAAGCAAACCGACGAGCUCCUUGAGCAUCUGGGUCUGCAGAACGAGCGCAUCUCCGUCGUCGGCUUCUCAAUGGGCUGCGUAAUUGCGGCAGCGUACGCACUGCACCGAAUCGAUUUCGUGGAUCACAUCUGCCUCGUGGCGCCGGCGGGGAUGCUUCCGAAGAAACCUCUCCCCGUCAAAGUGCUGCAGCGCUGCGGGUGGUGUGUGUCGCCCUGCUGCUGCCUCGUCCCCACGUGCGUCUGCCGCUGCUGCUUCAGCAAGAAGAACUUCGUUCAGCGAUACGAGGAGGAGGAGCACGAGGAGCGCCGGCGGUCGGCGUGCCCGUCGCGUCAGUCGUCGGUUUCGGAGCCGAAGGCGGAGUUGAAGAAGAAGGGUUUUUCGUUGCGAUGGAAGCGCAGCUCCAAGCGAGAGUCAGACGUCUCCCCGCGCAACGGCAGCUCCGCUCACACGGAAGCCGAGCCCGACGAGCUGUCGGCCUCGCAGUGUCAGACCGCCGCCGCAGGGGCAGCCGCGUCCGCUAUCUCGUCGGCGGUGUCCUCCGCGGCCUCGGCGGUCGCUGCGGGCGCCGCUGCGGGCGCCGCGGGAGACGGGAAAAUGCCCCAGGGCGAGAAGGGCGCUUCCAGGCGAGGCGAGACCGCAGAGCGCAAGAAGGCUGACGGCGAGGAGGUCGACGCCGCCUCUUCUAACAGUCCCCCUGGAGCCGGCGAGUUACUUUGGCGCAGACUCAUGUGGCAGUUGUACGUGAAGAAGGGGGUCGUUGCGACUUUCGUCGGAUGUGUCACACAUAUCCCCCUCUGGGAUGCAAAAGCCAUCUACGCGAAGGUGGGGGAGACUGGCCGUCCGGUGCUGUUCCUCUGGGGCCAGGAGGACACAGUCGCGCCGAUUUCGUGUUCGCACGCAUUGCGGGCGUUGAUUCCGAAUUCGCAUUUGAUUGCGUUCCCGGGUUGUCCCCACUUGGUGCUGGCGGACCGGGCGCAGGCGAGCAUUGCUUGCAUCAUGGCCUUCCUCGACUUCCCCGCGACCUGCGACAUGCGCACCUGGCGCUACGCCCUGCCCUUUGACGCGGAAGGCACGUACCUGCCCCCGGCGGAGCGAGCGCCGCCAGGCACGUCGGCCUGCGCGUAUCUGCGCGACCUCCACUACACGCCGCGCUACACGAUUCGCCUCGGCGGCGACGCGCGUCACGGGAUGUGCCUCCGCCGCAGGCCGUCCAGUGCGCCCGCGGCAGACGCGCAGCCGCAGGCGCCGCCUUCGCGCGCCGCGACCGCAGAGCCCGAGCGCAUGCGCGAGCGAAUCUGCGGGCGCAGACUCGGCGGCGUCUCCACCGGUCCUGCGGCAGUCGGACGAGCCGACGAGGCUCCUGAGCACGAAAGGGAAGAGAGCGAAGACGACGACGACGACGGCGAGCACGCGGCGGCGCUGCCGGUGGAAAACGUCAACGGCAGUCUCUGGAGAGACGCGCACACCGAGGGCAGCGACGCGUCUGCCUCCGAGCAAGAAGACGCCGACAGGGCGGCUUCGGCGCCACAUGAGGAGACGCGCCCGCCGCGACCGCGGAAGAAAUCGGAGACAGUGCGCCUGCCGCGUGACGGAUUUCGCUCUCGCAGUUCCUCGAUGGCGGCGGCGGCCGCGGCGGCCUCGCCACUUCUCUCUUUUGACUCGAGUUCGGCUCAAGAGAUUCUUUUACGCGGACAAGACCACGCGAGCUUGCCGUCGCUGCCUGGGAUCAAGGCACACGAACGCGUCGAUCUCGAGUGA